GAAAUCCUCAAUUCCGCUGUAGGCUGAAGUCUCACUCUCCUUUCGAUCUUUCCAAAGGUUCAACCUAAUCUCUGAAUCUCUCUCGCUAGCUUCAAUGGCAACGGCGUUCGCGUUCUCUCUCGUCCCCAAAACCUUAAUCUGUUCUGGACUUCCCCUCCCAAAACCCUCACCUAAACCUCGCCUCCACCUCUCUUCUCCGUUCAGAUUCAACCCACUAUCUUCCUCCUCGCUUGGCACUCCCUGGUGCUCUCGCACGCCCUCUGGAUCGUUAGUUCGAGCAGGGAUUAGAGAUGAGGAGUACUCGACGAAGAGGAGCAGCAGUAGUGAGCCUAGAGAUACCAUUAUGUUGCCUGGCUGUGAUUACAACCAUUGGCUUAUUGUGAUGGAGUUCCCCAAGGACCCUGCACCGACCAGGGAGCAGAUGAUUGACACCUACCUCAACACUCUCGCGACUGUAUUGGGAAGCAUGGAAGAAGCAAAGAAGAAUAUGUAUGCUUUUAGCACCACCACUUACACUGGAUUCCAAUGCACAGUAUCUGAAGAAACAUCUGAGAAAUUCAAGGGAUUGCCUGGAGUUCUUUGGGUCUUGCCUGACUCAUACAUAGAUGUGAAAAAUAAAGAUUAUGGAGGUGAUAAAUAUAUAAAUGGGGAGAUAAUUCCUUGUAAAUACCCCACUUAUCAGCCAAAGCAACGUGGGCCAAAAUAUGCAAACAGAAGAUAUGAAAGACGAACAGAUUCCCGCCCUCAGCCACGACAAUCAAGACCGGCUCCCUCAGAAUCAUCCUCCAGAUGAGGUAUUCUCGAUCAUAUUUUAUAUGCCAAUUCUGUUUAAACUGUACAUUUCUUGGCUUGAUUAUGAUCUUAAUUAUUUUAUUGAUUUCUGUUUGGCAGUUUAUUUUAUGUUUGACUUGGGAGGCAAAUGCUACUUUAGGAACUGCUUCUUAGAUUUGUACUUGGAUCUCCCUAUUUUUGUAAAAUCUGCGGUGUAGUUUAUUCAGAUGAAAAUGCUCUUAUAUGAGCAUGCUAUGUAGGGCAACAUUACUUGUGUCAACUUGGGUUCACCAUUCCAUUAGUAUUUGUUCAGAAUCUCCUCUCUCAAUCCCCACAGGGAUAUGUCGUGUAUGUGAGCUUUCCAUGCCAACUAUCUUCUUGUCCGAUUUGGUAUAGAUUUGGAAUAUAUUUGUCUCUCACAA